CUGGACAACACCUAUUGCUCUGUUACUAAGCUAAGCCGGAGACGGCCGGAUAGCUUCGGUUUGGCGGGGCAUCAGCCGGCGCGCUGCGAAGAAAAAAAAACCUUCGCUGGCUUCUCCGGGUUCCUUUGUGUCAGUUUUCUUUACUAGUCUCCGCUCCCGAGCUGAAAGCGUACCUUGAGUGACGGGCCGAUUAUUUCUACUUCCCCUCUUCUCUACUCAGUCCUCUUACCACGCUUUCUUUUUCUCCCUCACAUCAUCUUUUCUCUCUACUCGUCGCUAUCCCAACAUCAUGGCCGACUCCAACCCCGCCGUGCCUCACGUAGGCCGCCGCCCCGCGACUGUCCUUUCGGCCACCGAGCUGAUUGGCAACACACCCCUCGUCCGACUCAACAAGGUGCCCCAGUCGCUGGGCAUCGAAUGCGAGGUUUACGCAAAGACUGAGCUCUUCAAUGCUGGUGGCAGUGUCAAGGACAGAAUUGCUCUGCGCAUGAUUGAACAGGCCGAGCAGAGUGGCCGUAUUAAGCCCGGCGACACUCUUAUUGAGCCAACCAGUGGAAACACUGGUAUCGGUCUCGCUCUUGUUGGUGCCAUCAAGGGCUACAAGACCAUCAUCACCAUGCCCGAAAAGAUGUCCGCCGAAAAGGUCUCCGUUCUCCGUGCCCUUGGAGCCACCAUCAUCCGAACCCCUACCCAGGCUGCCUGGGACGCCCCCGAGUCUCACAUUGGUGUCGCCCGCCGUCUCGAAAAGGAGAUCCCCAACGCUCACAUUCUCGACCAGUACGGCAACCUCGAUAACCCUCUUGCCCACGAGCUUGGUACUGCUGAGGAGAUUUGGGAGCAGACUGGCGGCAAGAUCAACGCUGUUGUUGCUGGUGCUGGUACUGGUGGCACAAUCACCGGUCUUGCUCGCGGUCUCAAGAAGCACAACCCUGAUAUCAAGGUCAUUGCUGCCGACCCCCACGGCUCUAUCCUCGCCCUGCCCGAGUCUCUCAACGAGGCCCGCGUUAAUGAGCCCUACAAGGUUGAAGGCAUUGGCUAUGACUUCAUCCCCGACGUUUUGGACCGUGAUGUUGUUGAUAAGUGGUACAAGACCGAUGAUGAGCAGUCUUUCUACCUCGCCAGACGCUUGAUCGCUGAGGAAGGCCUCCUUGUCGGUGGCAGCUCUGGUUCGGCCAUGGCUGCUAUGCUUUUGGCUGUCAAGGACCUUGGACUCAAGAAGGGCGAUGUUGUUGUUGUCAUCCUCCCCGACAGCAUCCGCAGCUAUCUCUCCAAGUUUGCCGACGACGACUGGUUGGCCGCCAACAACCUCCUCCCUGUUAACGGUCUCGAGGCCACCAAGACCACUUCGACCUCCAACGAUCCGUACGAGGGUGCCACUAUUGCUUCCCUCCGUUUGAGACCCGUCACCUCUAUUGGUUCCACCGCCAGCUGCUCUGAGGCUAUUGAGACUAUGCGCGACAAGGGCUUUGAUCAACUCCCCGUUCUCUCUGAAGCCAGCAAGCUCGUCGGUCUUGUCACUCUCGGUAACUUGCUCAGCUACAUCUCUCGCGGCCGCGCCAGCCCCCAGAGCCAAAUCAAGGACGUCAUGUUCGACUUUGGCCGCCUUGACGAGAUCGUCACAGACCCUCGCCAGGCUGCUGCCGCUGGCGACGCCCCUGGCAACAAGCGCAAGUUUGUUGAGAUCACCAUGGACACCUCUCUCACAUAUCUCAGCAAGUUCUUUGAGUGGAACAGUGCUGCUGUCGUCACCGAGCAGAGCAAGGACAACACUUUGUCCAAGCCCCUCGCUGUUGUCACCAAGGUCGACCUCCUCACCUGGAUGGUCAACAAGAAGGCCUAAGGCCUGCGCACCACGCUAUAACGAAAUAAUGGUAAAUAGAACUACUGCAUGUUUGGAAUUAGAAAAAGAAAAAAGACACAAAGGCGAGCAAUUUCACCUGAGGCGUUGUUGGUUGAAGUAUUGGAAUGGCAUCUUAACAUAGACAUGGGCUGGCUAGACUCAACACUGCUGGCGGGAUCAGUGGAAAAACGUAUAUUUUAAUGAGACCGAAUUCAUAUUCUUUUGAUAUAAUUGGCUUGUAUUAUGAUUCUUUUUUAUCGUUACGUGAAGAUGUAUUAGUACAGUGUAUUGAAUUAUAGCCCAUUACACACGCUGGGCCACCCACCACCACCACUUGUCAACGUCAGCCUUUUCCGACAUGACACUGCCGCCAAUGACGUCGACGUCAAUAUCAAACUCUUGCAUCUGGGCAAAAGUGAACUUAUCGGAGCCAUAUUCACCGAGCCAGCCGUCUUGUUCCUCGGAGCCAAUAUCGUCGAUUCCAACGCCAGUGUCAAGGAGGCCCUUGCUCCUGGAGGCUCGGAUUCGAGUCAAUUCAGCCUCCAAGUUGCUGCGAACCAUAGUUGCAGGUAGUGCAGUGAACAAAUCCAUCUUAUUGGCGGCAAUAAGAACAGGUACCGACGCCUUGUCCUUGCCCUUGGAGCUAGCCUUCUUUUGGAGGAACAGAAGCAAGUCGUAUAGGUAGGCAGCUGUCGGCGCUAGGAAGUCGUGCUCGCCAAUUGAGGAUGCAUCGACAGCAAAAACUACGGCCUUGAGUUUCUCGGAUCUAGCUAGCUUGCCCAUGGCAAUGUUGCGCAGCUUGCCAUGGCCAGGCGUAUCGAUAAGCAAGAACUUUGUGUAUGUGCCGCUCGAGUCUUCGUGGUUCCGGAACGACAUCUUUUGGUCGGAGUCGGUAGAAGCAUUGAGCUCUACAGACUGUGUCGACUGUGUUGUAUGUGUCUGGGCAGGCUGUGUACCGCGCUCGAGAAGCGUCAAGAGCGCAGUCUUGCCUGUGUUGCUGGGGCCCAGAAGAAGAACCGUUGGUGGGACGGUAUAUGUCGCAGACGACGCGAGGAUAAAGUGAAGUAUAAGAGGAGCGCCAAUGAUGACUAUGACGCCAAGCACCAUAACGGUUAGCGAGGGCGUCAAGAGGAAGUCUACUGCCUCUGUAAAGGUAGUCAUGUUGGGCGAGCGGUGUUUUGGGGGGGCUUUAAAGGAGGCUCGUUGUGAUGUCGGGGCUAGCUCCGGUGAGCAGCCAAGUUGUGAAUUUUCGAAAGGUAAUCGAGCUUGACUAUGGUGUCGUGCUUCGGAAAACAGAGUCGAAUCGGAGCGCGCGUGAGAGCCGGACACACAGAGCGUGUUGCGUGUUAGGAAGAGUUUCCAGCGUUG